UUUAUACCAAUUUCAAUAUGGCGGCGCCCAUGUAAGGACAUUUUUCAUAAUUGUUGAAUAUUAGAAAAAUGCAAUUUUACCAUUAUAUACAGCUGUCAAACUCGUGAAGUCGUGAGGAAAUACUCUAGCUGGGUUAUCAAAAUACAUAUGGAGGAAUCUGCAUCAUGUCAUCUUACUUCAAAAAGAAAGUACUCACAAAGGAGAUAAAAUAUUUAUUUUACAUAACAAUAAAAUUUUGUUGAAAGUAAUCUGACAGUAACUUGAAUAUUAAUUAUUCAACAGUUUCAAGUAAAGUUUUAAGUUCAUCAGAAUGGCUUUAGCAUGCAGAAGUGUCAAUGGGUUGUGCUUUAUGUCACACUUAUCAAGAAUGCAGUGGCAACAUUUACCAAAAUUGAUUUCAAUAGCUGGCUUUCAUCAAGGUUUAAUAUUUCAUGGGCUUGGCAGCAAAGGGAACGGCUUAUACCACAACAUGUGUUCUAAGUUAGAGAAAAAUGUUGUAUUGCCAAUAAAAUAUUGUGAUAAAUGCGUAAGUCUAAGGUGUUACUCAACAAAGACAUCUAGAUUUACAUUAAAAAAUGAGACUUACAGUGCAUACAUGAAGUCUCUUGAACAGGAAUGUACUGAAAUGAAUGAUGCUCAAACUAUGGGUAAGAAACUUCCUAAAGAUCAGAGUUAUAGACUUGUUGUUCUCAGGCGGGUUAUAGCAGUGUAUGAAGAGUUAAAAGCAAAAUAUGAAGAAUUAGAAGAACUUGAUAAAAUGCUAAAUGAUGAAGAGAUGAAAGAUCUUGUGGGUGAUGACAGGGAAAUUUGUAUGAACAACAUUCAGGAGUUAGAAGAACAGCUGGUAGAUAUUGUGUGUCCAGAGGAGCAUACAGAUGAAUGUGAUAUAAUUCUGGAGAUAGAGUCUGGAGCAGGGGGACAGGAAGCCAUGUUGUUUGCCGAGGAAGUUUUCAACAUGUACCAGAAUUUUGCUCAUAACAAAGGAUGGCAGUUUUCAUUAACACAGAAUGCUGAUACAGAUAUAGGUAUUCGUAAAGCAUCAGCUGCCAUCAGUGGUCAGGCUGUUUUUGGUGAGAUGAAAUUUGAAGGAGGAGUACACCGUGUGCAGCGAAUACCAAAAACAGAAUCUAAAGGUCGCAUUCAUACAAGCACAAUCUCUGUAGCCAUUCUGCCACAACCCUCCGAGAUUGACAUUGUUUUGGACCCUAAAGAUUUACAAAUUACUUCAUUUAGAUCUAGUGCACCUGGAGGACAACAUGUGAACACAACAGACAGUGCUGUCAGAAUUAAACAUAUACCUACAGGUAUGGUGGCUGAGAGUCAGACUACAAGAUCACAGGCCCAGAACAAGCAGAAUGCUCUCAUGCUGCUUAGAACUAG